UUUUUCAAGGGCAUUCAAUAAAAUGGGGCGUCUUUUUUGUGCACAGCUCUGAUUAUUAAUUUUAUUUUACAGGUCACGGGAAGUGAAGUAAAAUCCAUUGAUGUGUUUGUUGCUGGAGCGGAAGCACAAGCCAGAGAGAGUUGUACUCGCGGGAAAAAUGGCGGAAACUUGUGUCCUCCUCACGUUAUCAAUAUCAGCGCUUCAAAACACGGCAUCAUAAGCCUCAUUCCUAGUUUUGUCGACAUACAUUUAUUACUGCUGUGUCAUCAAAUGUAAAGCUCUGGAUUUAGAGAGGGAUGCAAGAUGCAAGAAGAUUCAAUGAGCCUUUCCACCUCUGGCCCCAUUACACAGAGUCAAGUUAUUACAAAAGAAUCACCAGUCAAGUCUUUACAGUGUAGCUGCUGUGCACUGCUUUUCAAAUCCAAGGUCUACCUUUUUGAACACCUCAACAAGGUGCAUGACUUUGAUGUAGACGCUGCUCUCAGAGAAGCUGGUUUAAAAUGCACUGGCACUUUCAGAGCCAACACUGACAACCACAGCAACAACGCAGAUGAUUAUGAAUGCAAGCACUGCAAUUUUAAAGCUUGUGGUCCGGACGAUUUAAGCAUCCAUGAGAAACAAUGUCAGAAAAAAUCAGAAGAUCAGAGCGUAUUAGGAAAAAUAAUCACUGCUGAAAACCCGGACAAUAACACUCCUGUCAUUUCAACAGAGCAGCACAGUGAAGCUGCUGGAGCAAAAGAGAUUCCCAUCGUUAUUUCAGUUACACCUACCUCAAAGACUAAGUGCACACCUAAUUCAUCUAAGGAUCUGAAGACAUACAAGAGGCCAUUGCAAACCAUUACCAAGUACUUUGUGGCAUCAUCUGGAUCAAAUAGCAAACCCCCAGUGAAGUUAGCUGAUAGCCAAAAGCUCCUAGAUAGCACCAAAGGGACCUUAUUUUUGCAAGAAUCUCCCUCAAGCUCCCACCCAAACAGCAGUGGCGUGUUUAAAGUUACUGCGAAGUCCAUGAUUGAUAUCACCAGUGUUUCUCAUAAGUUUUUGCUAAAUGAUCACAUUUUAAAUACCGACUCAAGAACACCAAAGCCCAAGGAACUAUUCAGAGAAACAGUUUCUGACAACGGUGGCAAGAGGACCAACACUGAAAGCUCAAAUGGCCCUCCAGUUAAAAAAGCAAAGUCGGACAAAGAAGAGACAAAGCUACCAGAGAUGACAAAUGAAAGUAAACAACAAUUGUCAUCAAGCAAUUCACAGUUUGCAUUUGAAGUUAGUGAGGAUGAAGGAGAAAAGAAGCUGCAUCUUGUCAAUGGAGACAUGGAAAGCUCAAAGGUGUAUUUUUGUAAGCACUGUGACUACAGUGAUUUAGGCAUCAGGCGUGUGUCUACUCAUUAUGAGCACGACCACCCUUACAUACGAUAUAAUGCUGCUUACAUUCAGGAUCCAAAUGAUGUAAGUGCUACCUUUCGCUGCCUACACUGUCCAAUUGAGUUUAUAGGUGUAGCUGGUGUCAAGAGACAUUAUGCUGAGAAUCAUCCAGAGGCCCCAAAUAUAUUCACGAAGCAAUCGAGUGAACUGCAUUUGGUUUACAAGUGUUUUGUAUGUCAAUUUACUACCAACGUACUGAAGGCUUUGGAAAACCAUUACAAGGAAAACCACCCAAAACAUAAAAUGGAUAAUGCCUUGAUGUACUGCAGAUAUAUGACAACUGGAAGCCAGGAGGGAUCAGAAAGACAAAUUGAGAUUUCUGCUGAGAGUGGCUGCACACCACGUAAGGAUGUCAAAAAUGCACCCUUGGCCCAACAUCCCACCUCCACGGGAGCAGACGCAUCCUUGUAUCAUUGCAACAGUUGCAAGUUUAGUCAUAAGUCAGUUGUUGUUAUGCAUGUCCACUACCAAAAAAGCCACCCAGGUGAGGCAGUCACAAUAGACAAAAUCAAACAGUCAGUUUGUGUCACAUCACAUACAGCAUCACAGAUGACACCACAUAAGUCUUUAAACUCUGUGACUAUAACGGAAAAAUCUGCACUUGAAAGCAAAAUCUCAGAUUCUUCCAAGAAAACAAAAGACAAAGCUGAGCUGUCAAAGCAUACGUGCACAUCAGAAGCUUCUGAGACACAUUCAGAGUUUCCCAAAACUAAGAAAGCGGAAUCUGCAGAGGACAGAAAUGAAGGGACAAAGCCACCGACCAAACAUAGUAGGGAAACACCCGUUGGAAAGUACAGUAUAUCGAGCAGUUCACCAGAUAAAUUGUUUUACUGCCAAUUUUGCAGUUAUUCAAGUACCAACAUUAGAAGCGUUAUUGGUCAUCAUAACGCAAAACAUUCUCUGCAUGCACUAACAGGUACUGAAGAGAUCCUUUUGUACAGUGCCAAAGUGCAAAAAAAGAAACUUCAACGUGAAGCUAAGGCCUUAGCAAAUUCUACAUCGUCUGCUUCUCAAACAAGUAAUAAAGUUGAGGUAUCUAGUGAAAAAGGACAUGAAGAGGAUGAAGCAGCAGAUUCUUCGCUGAAGGAAUUGAAUGCUUACGCACGUCCAGAAUGCUUGUUUUACUGCCAAAAGUGCAACUUUGCAAAUCCAUCUGCAAAAGGAGUAGCGAACCAUCAAAACAAAGUUCACCCAGGCCUUCAUUCCAGCAAGGAAUCUAUUAUUGCACAUACAGCUUUGGUGCAUGAUGAAAUUGAAAAAUCCAAAUCUCAAGUGAAGGAGUUAUCCUUUUCUACGCGUCUUCCUCUCCCUCUUAUGAAUAAGGGCGAUGACAAUAAGUUUUUCUGCCACUUUUGCAACUAUAGACAUGGUUCUUUGGAAUUGGUUAUGAAGCAUUACAUCAAAAAGCAUCGUGGAUUUGGGGUUACGGUUGAACAAGUCCACCUGUAUACCUCUAUUGUUCUUGAAAAGACGCAGAAAUGCUGGGAAAAAACUGCAAACCAAGAAGCCAAUCAUACACCCCGAGAGAGAAAAGAAAAGAAAAAGAAAAAGAAAAAAACAAAGAAGCUUGGUAAAUCCCUCUUUGUCUCAGCUCCACCUUCAGUGACAGCCUCAGAAACACAGAGGACCCUUAAGUGCUCUAGAUGUUCAUACAGCACUCAACAUGUGUAUCUUUUGAGGAGGCAUCUAUGGAAAGUCCACGAAGAAAGUCACUCAGUCGCAGAUGUUUUAAGAAUAUGUUUCAAACAAGGAAGUUUACAGACAGGGUACCACUGUGACAUGUGCGUUUUCUCUCACAAAAAAGCAGCAGCAGUCUAUAAACAUUACCAGGAACAGCACCAAGGACGUACACCAAGCCUGGACUACGUGAAUACUCGGUUGUAUGUUGGUCCGGAAAUUCAUCUCCCUAAAAAGAAGAAACCCAAAAUAAAGCAAAAUGAUGAUAAUAGUGGUAGUGAUGGCACUGAUGGCAGCUUACUAUCUAAAAGACCCGGACAAAUUGAAAUCAAGACAUAUUCAUGCAGAGCAUGUUCAUUUAAAGGUAGCUCAAGGUCAGGCCUCACACGCCACUACCGUGCUGUUCAUCCGUGGUCUGUGAAAGAAGACGGCUCAGUCCUGGAUGUGGUCACCAGCAAGAGAUCAACUGCAAAUCGGCAGCUGGAAGAAUACAGUGACAUACCUGGGUCUUUCGAAUCCUACCAAGUGCCUCUUGAUUUUGAGUCACUUGAUUCACCUCCUGAAGAAACAGCAUCUUCCACAUAUAUCUGGUGCCCUUACUGCCCUGCAAGUUUUAAUAGUCUCCGCGGUCUCAGUACUCACUGUGGAAUGAAACAUCGUGAAGCUGUAACUGAAAAUUCAGAUAAACCGCAAGAGCAUAUUGGAUCACGCAUGCAUGUCUUUAAAUGUCCACAUUGUACUUAUGUGAAUACCAGUUAUCAAGGAGUUCUCACUCACUGCCAGAUGAAGCAUCCUGACCUCGCAUCCAGGGCGGACAGUCAUUUCGUGGAUAAAGGAAAGUCAUACUACUGGGGUAGCUGUGUGAAAAGUAAAGGUUCUGGUGUCACUUUGAGAUUGCGUGGUUACAUGUGUAAAACCUGCCCAAAAAUGUGUGCAACGAUAGAGAAGCUGAACAGGCACAGCAAGAGGGAGCAUUUUACAACUGUUGGAAAAACAGUUCGAAGCACAGUGAAAGCGGAGCCUGAACCAUCGGCUGUGAGUAAAAUAACACAAUUUAAGACCCAAAGCAAUCGGGGAUCAGUACCGCAAGCUUCCUUUUUAAAGAAGAAAAUAUAUGCGGUGGUGAAAUGCCAGCUCUGCACUUAUCAGUGCAGCACAAAAAUUGGGCUCGAUCGCCAUGUGCGUGUCCACCACAAGAAUGCACCUGAUUCAAUGGUUAAGGAUUGUGUAUACACGUGCAGCUUAUGUCCCGCUUCCUAUUUCACCAAAAUACGACUAGGAAGCCAUUAUAUUAAGAAACACGGAAGGGACAGCUUCUUAAAGCACUAUGCACCAGUGUACAAGCAGGCCCAUGAGAAGCCAGCACCAGCAUCUCCUGACCCCCCUUCAACUCAGCAUCCAGAAAACACACACGGGGCUUGUGAAUCUAGCACAACAACAGAUGCAAACAAAAAAUUAGUCUUCAGGUGUCCACGUUGUCCCUAUGUGAAUGCAAGCUACCAUGGCACGCUUACUCACUGCCAAAUGAGGCAUCCAGAAGUCAUCGCCAGAGCAGAUGAACUUCAAACACAGGAAAUACUUGUGGCCAACAUGGUGAGAUGUUCAAUUGGAAAAGGUUCUAAUGAAAGAGGAUACAUGUGUAAAAUUUGUCCUCUCAUUUAUGCAUCCAUGAAAAAGCUGAAAAUCCACUAUGAGAGGGACCACAAUCAGGCUUACGUAUCAGCCUCUGAACAUUCAGCUGACCAUGAAACUGAAAAACAGCCUGAUCAAGACUCUCAGGGCUCUGCAUUGGAGGCAGUGAGUAGCACGGAAACCAGCAUCAGUCACCAGAUGGGAGCUUCUGAAACACAUCAGUCCAACACACUGUCAGUACAGAACAAGACGACUGUAUACAAGUGCCACUUGUGUAUCUACAAAGGAUUCUUCAGAAGAUACCUGCAUAGUCAUUACAAAAAGUCUCACAAAUUGGAUCCACCUACCAUCCACAACCUGCUCGAGAAGUACAAUAAACGCAGGAUCAGAAAACUGACAGAAGCUGAAUCUAAGGAAAGUGACAUGAAAUGUAAGAAGUGUCCAGAGUUGACGUUUAACUCAUCUCAGCUGCUUGUUGCCCACUACAGUACGUUUCAUAGCUCAGAUUGCAUAUUGGACUUCACUGUAAUAUCACAAGGAAAGAAAAAGGGUAGUACAGGUCUUUACAGGUGCAUCCACUGCAGCAAACAAAUGAAUGGGAUUAGAAAGCUGUGGUAUCACCUGGAUUGCCACAGAGAGAGGGCGAAGGCUGCGAAAACAACAGCUUCACUUGACACGACAACACCAGAGCCCAAAUCCAUCGAAUUCAAGCAAGAUGAAGUUCUCACCGUAGAAACUGUGCAGGACUCGGGCCAGAGGAAUGUGCCACCAGCAGAGACCUUCACUUUCCCACCAAGUCCUCUGCCAUCACCCUCAGCACCCACCGACCGGGAGCAACCAGAGCUGGAACCAAGCAGAGAGAAUCACACUUGCAAGCAGUGUAAGCGGACUUUCAUGUCGCUGAAAGGUUUGCGUUCACAUGAGCGCAGCCAUGCAGCCAUGGCGGCCAUCAAGAAGACGCGGGACAUUCUGCCUACCUCAGCAAAAGGACGCAACAUCAAAAACUUUGUCAUUUUCAAAAGUGGAACUUUAAAGCCCUUCCUGUGUAGUUUGUGUUCCUAUCGGACGACCGUCAUGGGCCUCUGGAGGAGUCAUUUUAUGAAAUCACAUAAGGAUGAGAUUACGGAUUAUGCUGAGACUGACCAGCAAGAUGAGAGCAUUCAGACAGCCGACGAGGAGUCCUAUCAUUCAUCAGAGGAAUCGACAAAUUGGACUGAACUUGAUGAAGAACCUGAAAUUACGGAAAAUUCGCUGUACUCGGAGCCCCCGAAUGUGCAGAGGCAGCUGAGCCACUAUAACUUAAUGGCACAGGCUGACGCCACAUCUAAAACAAAUGGGCAAGACUCAAAGUUUCCUGAUGACAUUCUUCUUCACUGUGAGUUCUGCAAUUUCAACACUGAGCAUCUGUCUAGUAUACGAAGACACUACCUAAAUCGGCAUGGAAAGAAGUUCCUCAAGUGUAAGGACUGCGAAUUUUUCACUGCUUCAAGGAAAACCCUGGAAAUGCACAUAGAGAGGGGUCACUCUACUUGCCAGUCAGAACCUACUCAUCAUAAAGAUCUCCGCUGCCCUUUCUGCCUCUACCAGACCAAGAACAAGAAUAACUUGAUCGAUCACAUCGUCUUGCAUCGCGAGGAACGUGUUGUGCCAAUAGAAGUGCGUCGUUCGAAGCUGUCACGAUACCUUCGAGGCAUUGUCUUCCGCUGUCACAAGUGCACCUUCACUUGCGGAAGUGAUGAAAACCUACGUUUGCACAUGAGGAAGCACGAUGACAUCAAACCCUACAAGUGUCGGCUUUGCUACUUCGACUGCACUCAGCUGAGCGAUUUGGAGGCACACCUGAGUGAUAAGCAUCAGGUUGUGAGGAAUCAUGAGCUUGUGGGUCAGGUCAGCCUUGAUCAGCUUCAAGCGAAGGUUGAUAAGAUGCCUGAAGAGGAAGAGGAACCUUCGUCUAACUUGGGGCACCAAAACAAUGACAGUGAGGAUGCAGAAACAGAGGACUCUGUUACUGACUGUUAUGAAGUUCAUGAGACACAAACUAAGAACCUGGUAGAAAAUAGCACGAGGGAAAAAAUUACACUUCAGACUGAGGAAGAAUGUCAGGAGCAAGAGCUGGAGGGCAAAGAUGAAGAGAGCCCUGCCAGGAGCUCUGUGUUAGACCUUCAGUUUCAUGAUGCAAAACCAAACACUGAUGUUCAAGAGAACCGUGAGCAAGAUCCACAAGAACAAGCAGUUGUGUUUUCGCCAGCCGAACCCAAACGCAGAGGUAGUGAGGACGGCAGCACAACGUUCACAGAACAAGAAGAGGAAACAACAGAAAAAUCACAGGUCCAUAAGAUGCAUAAUAAGGUGCUUCAGCAAAGAACGUUGGACAUUGAGGCUAAGGUAGAAGACAAUAUACUGCGCCAUAUCCUGCUGCUGGAUGAGGAUGGCAGCAUCAGCAAGACACACAAGAAGGAUGAUAGAACGGUUAGAACAGAAAAGAACAUUAAGACUGAGGUUGGAGAUAAUGUUCAAAAUGAGAUGAUGUUGCUGGAUGCAAAAGGCAGCAUCCCUUUGGCCCACAAACCAAAAAAUCAAACUAAUACAGAGGCAAUCUCGGCCCUUGAAAAGAAAAAUCAGGUGCAGGCAAAUAACAGAAUGGCUCAGUUAAGUGUAACGGUUCAAAGGCCUUUGCUUUCUCCUCCGCUGAAGUGUGCAGAACUGAAGAUAAGCCAUGAGGAAAGUUUUUCAGUAACAAACUGCAAAAUGGAACAGGACCAAUACAGUGAGGAGGUAAGAGACCCUUAUGGAGAAAUGCCAGUACUUGAGAAUGAAUAUCUCAAAGAAGAAAUGCAGCCUCUUGAUCGCUGCAAAGAAGAUGAGAACGAUCCUGUUGAGCAAAAUCAGGACAAAGAAGAUGAGGUGAUUACUGAAGACGAUGAGAACCGAUACACAAAUCAGAAACAUGAGGAGAGUGACGAGAUUAAGGAAGUUGAUAAUCCACAUGUGCCCAAAGGUACACUCACAGUCACAGUCACAGAUGGCGCUGCUGAAGUCCUCUGUGAAGCACCUGCGGAGGAGAAACCAUUUACCUGUGAGUUGUGUGGACGAAGUCUCCUGAACAGCUUUGAACUGAAGCGUCACAUCAUGAGACAUGGAAUAUAACGAUUAUUCUGUGUUAUAGACGGAGGCAAAGGAUCCCACUGUUCUUUUUUUAUGUGUAUCUAGAUUUUGUUUUUAUAAACCGUCCUUUAUUCUCUUGCCGUACAGUGUAUUUCUGAGAAAACUGGUUACAAAUUAAUUUUUUAUGUUUUGUACAUUUUAAACCUUUUCUAAUAAAAACGUUUUUAUGGUACAACUACGUGUAGGAUUUCAUUUGUGCAAUUCAGUAUAAAACACAGAGCCAAGAGGCUGGCUGUAAAGAUGUUAUUUAGAUUUUUUUUUUUGUAAAUUACACUAAUAGCGUGUUCAGUUUAUGUGAAGAGAGAUAUUAAUCGCCAGUACUGUAAAAUAUGAAAAAAUCACUGUGAACUAUAAUUAUUACAUGUAAACUUGUUUCAUAACAUCUGUUUUCAAUACCAGAACAAACCUCAGUACCACAGGUUGUGUAAAUGCUUCUGCUGCAUAUAAGUGUUGUUGGGUAUCUGAACACAUGUUGGGUACCUUGCCAGUGAGCCACUGAGUCAUUUUUAACGGUACUAAAAUGACAGUAUUUUGUUUUUGGUAUUCCAUGUAAAAAAAAAUUCUGUUUACUUUCUAACUGCUUUGUCACACGAUAUAAUGUACUUUUGUUGUUAAUAAACUGAAUGUGUUAUG